AUGAAAAAUGAAUUAUAAGCCAUACCAGAAAUCAAUGAGAGACUAGAAGAAUUGAUACGUAGCACCCACCCUCCAAAAAUCUAAAAUGUUGUAUCUACUGUCGAUCUGGGAACAGAAUUAAAUUUGGUUGUCAUUUCUAAUGGGGCAAGAAUGGCCGAAUACAAUCCUAAGCGAUUUUCAGCUGUGAUUAUGCGAUUAAGUAAUCCUAGUACAACUGCUCUAAUAUUUUAAUCUGGAAAAAUGGUUUGUACAGGAGCAAAAUCAGAAGAUUAAUCUUUGAUUGCGGCUAGAAAAUAUGCAAAGAUUAUUAACAAAUUAGGUUUCCCUGUUGUAACAUUGUUGCAAGCUUCGACUUCAGAAAGCCAAUCAAAUUAGACGAAUUUACUGAAAGACUAAUAAUAUCGAUCAGUCGUCUAAUAUGAACCUGAAAUCUUCCCUGGAUUGAUAUUUAGGAAAAUUACAGACCAAAAGAAAAUAACUUUACUAAUUUUUGUUAGUGGUAGAUGUGUAAUCACAGGAGGAAAAAAGACAGAAGACCUAAACAAUGUUUUUAAGUUUAUAUUGCCAAUUUUGGAUUAAUUUAAAAAGAGAGAUCUAGAAUAUUGA